CGGGAUGGAGGCUGCCGGCAGGGAGGAGCUGGACAUGGAGGUGAUGAAGCCUUUAAUUGAAGAGCACAGUUCUGAUGAGGAACAUGAACAUGAUUUGUCACCAGUUGAGAAGCAUUACCAAAUUGAUAAUGAAGAAGGCAUCUCGUUUAUACAAACACUUACCCACCUCCUCAAAGGAAAUAUUGGGACUGGGCUUCUAGGUCUUCCCCUUGCAAUAAAAAAUGCUGGCAUUGUGAUUGGACCAAUCAGCCUUGUUUUCAUAGGAGUUGUAUCCGUUCAUUGUAUGCACAUCUUGGUACGUUGCAGCCACUCUCUAUGUCAGAGGUUGAAAAAAUACUCACUAGGAUAUAGUGAUACAGUUAGUUAUGCCAUGGAAGUGGGGCCCCUGACUGCUCUUCAGAAAAGAGCUUCUUGGGGAAGAUAUAUUGUCGACUUUUUUCUAGUGAUAACACAGCUGGGAUUUUGUAGCGUUUAUGUUGUGUUCUUGGCAGAGAAUGUGAAACAAGUCCAUGAAGGAUUUUUGGAAAACAAGACUAUUUCCAUAAAUGCCAGUGUCACCAGCAAUUCUUCAGAGAAAAGAAGUACCGAUUUACGGAUAUACAUGCUGUGUUUUCUGCCGUUUAUAAUCCUCCUGGUCUUUAUUCGUGACCUUAAAAGCCUGUCCUUGCUUUCAUUGCUUGCCAAUCUGUCCAUGGCUGUCAGCCUGGUGAUCAUUUACCAGUAUAUUGUUAGAGAUAUAGCAGAUCCUAAGAAGUUGCCUCCUGUGGUUGGCUGGAAGAAAUAUCCACUCUUUUUUGGGACUGCUGUAUUUGCUUUUGAAGGAAUUGGGGUGGUACUCCCACUGGAAAACAGAAUGAAAGACAGCACGCAUUUCCCACAGGCACUGAACAUUGGCAUGGGAAUAGUUAUGGCCUUGUAUAUCUCGCUAGCCACUCUAGGGUAUCUGCGCUUUGGGGAUGAAAUCAAAGGCAGCAUAACUUUAAACCUGCCACAAGAUAUAUGGUUAUAUCAGUCUGUAAAAAUUCUGUACUCCUUUGGGAUCUUUGUGACCUAUUCAAUUCAGUACUACGUCCCCGCAGAGAUCCUCAUUCCAGCUGUCACCUCAAAAGUGGAGCAGAAGUGGAAGCUACUUUGUGAACUUCUGGUGAGAGCACUUUUAGUCUGCUCAACAUGUGCUGUAGCAAUUUUGAUCCCUCGCCUAGACCUGGUGAUUUCUUUCGUUGGAGCUGUCAGCAGCAGUACCCUGGCUUUGAUUCUACCUCCUCUGGUUGAAAUUCUCACAUUCUACAAGGAAAAUAUAAGUCUAUGGAUGAUACUUAAAGAUAUUUUUAUAGCUAUCAUUGGUGUUGUUGGAUUUUUAACAGGGACAUAUGUGACCAUUGAAGAGAUCAUUUAUCCUGCAUCCACAGUCAUAGUUAAUACAACAGAGAGCAUCUCUGCAGAUGUGAACACUACAGACUUGAUGACUGGCUUCUAAUAAUAAUCAGGUGCCACAAAUCAUUUUUGUUCCUGUCUGUAGGGUCUGUUUGGUAAAAAGAAAUCCUGGAUGAAUGGCAGACCUAUGUGUGGGACAAAUUCCAAUGGGUUUUAUAUGAUUUUUUUGAAAAACAACUCUUUCUCGCUCUCUUUUUUGUUCCUUCCAUCAUUCCUUCUGCUAUCUGAAUUAACCCCUCUGCUCUCAAUCUUGUCUGCCCGUUUAGUGAAAAACUGAAUUGACAUCAGGACUUUUUAAAAAAUAUAUUGGAAGAAAAUACAAUUUUAUAUUAUUUGCAAGAAAAAAAAGGAAUUUUCAUAAAGAAGUCAGGAUGUCUUCCUCCACAGAAAAAGUGCAAUUCAGUCUAUUCACAUCCAAACAUAAGGUCGAGGUACUUCUAUGGCAUACUUAGGCACGAGGCACUCUGUUGUCAGGGUUUGUGUAGGAGUUCAGUGAUGUACAGACCCUCUCUUGACUGUCUCUGAAGCAGUGAAUUGCACCCCAGUAAACCAGAGAUACUGUGGUUUUAGAAAUUAAAAGCUUUGAUUAUUUUUUCCCAUUCUUGGGGCUUGGACAUUUGCCCUGGAAAAGCUUUUGUGUAAUUGUAGUUGCCUAGGUCUGGUUCCUGGGAAUUAUUAGAUCUUGAGUCAUAGUGUGUUGUGCAGAAUGAGUAUGACUCUUGUUCAGUCUUUUCACAGUGGCUUCCAGGUGAAUUUUUCAAGCAAUAGGAAGGCCCAAGCCCUUUUUGGUUAAUAUGAGUAGAACAGAUCAUCACACUUCGUGGGUUAGAUUCCAGUAAGCAUAAAAACUUUUUUUUUUUUUUUUUUUUUUUCCACACUGACCAUACUAACAUUGAAGCUGAAGAGUGGUCAAGACAGGCAGAGAGGCAAGGUUUAGAGGUAAAGGUUAUAUCUUCUAUUAGACUGAAAGAGAGCCAGUUCCUUCAGGAACCUACUUCCCAUCGUGCAUGAUCUGUUACUAUAUGUUCCUGUACCAUGAGCUGCUCCAAGCAGAUGGCAUCAGUGAAGCCCUGGAGAGCUGCAGGGGCCUGGCUGGUCCAAGCAGCUUAAGGAUUCCCGAUGUUAACUUUUACAUGAGAGAGGAAAGGAUCAGACACUGCUUUCUAGAAUGGAGUUUAUGCUGUACUUUCACACGUAUAGGCUGCGGGUUGUUUGUAAAAGAACUGUGAUUCCACAGCACUUUGAGUUUAGGCACAGAGGACGUGCUUUGAAGCCUCCUGCAGGUUGUCUGAAGGAGUGGGUUAUCUCAGGAUUUACUUUCAACUACUGGUACUUUGUAAAGAGGUACAGCUUAUUAUGAGAUGUAGGGUAUACGUGUAAAAUAUUAUUUUUUUUCUUUUUAGAAAGUUAUUUAUCCACUUUGGAUUUUGGAUGCAAUGUUACAGGAUAUUGUUAUUUAUCAGAGCAAUAUUAUUCUCUUUAAUGAUGCAAAAAACAUCUAACAUCACAAAUGAUGAUAUAAGUAGUUUAUUUUUCUACAUUUUGGUAACUCCUGUUCCAACUCAUUUUUUAUAUCAUUACUCUAUCCUUAAUUGCAACUGCACGAAUGUACGAAAUGCUGUAUUUUUCUAUCUAUUGCUAGAAUUCUGUAGACUGCCUGUUUGUAUUUCUAUUAGAACAUACUAAAUUAUUUUUGCAUGCUUAUGUUCUGCCUUAAAUAGGAUCUAACAUGCCCAUUACUGUAUUUUGCUUCUUUUCUCCAUUUUGAAGAGAAAAAGAACACAUUGAUAAACUAGUUACAGGGUAGAAAUGAAUUUUCUGCAGCAAGCCUGAGCAUUUUCCAGAUCCCCAGCAAGAAUCUUGCCUUUUCAGGGUUCAAUUUUGACUUCCUGGCUCA